UCAGUACCAUACCAAGCUAGAGUAGAAAUCGCCUAGACCUCGCUUGUUCUCAUCAACUCUCCUUUUCCAUCCUAGGAUCGCGACUACAUAACACCAACCACCAUUUCAACCAAUCAGAUCUCCAACAUGUCGAACACAACAUCCGACUUCGUCCCAGCUCCCUCAGAGAAGACCUUCUCUUCCUACACCCCCGACCAAGGCGCCAAAUACGCCCAAGCACGCCCAGGCUACUCCCCCUCCCUCUACGCCUCCAUCAUCGCCCACCACACCUCCACCGGCGGCAAACUAGACACCCUCGUCGACGUCGGUUGCGGUCCCGGCAUGACAGCCCGAGCACUAGCCCCCAAUUUCACCCACACAAUCGGCCUCGACCCCUCCGAAGGCAUGAUCACCACGGCCCGUUCCCUAGACCCGAACAUCCGCUUCGAGAUCUCCACCGCCGAAGACCUAGGAUGGCACCUGGAUCCCAAGAUCGAGGACGAGAGCGUGGAUCUUAUCACCGCAUCUACAGCAGCGCACUGGUUCGACAUGACCCGGUUCUGGCCCCGCGCAGCCCAGAUCCUGAAGCCGGGUGGAACGGUGGCGCUUUGGGGGACGGGAGGUAUUAAUAUGCACCCGUCGAUGCCGAACGCGGUUGCUAUCCAAGCUAUGUUCGAUGAUUUCGAGGAGCGGGAAUUGAAGCCGUUUUUCGAGCCGGGGAAUUUGAUCAGUAGGAACUUGUACAAGGAUAUGCCGCUACCCUGGACUUUGAGUCCGAAGGUGGAAGCGUUUGAGGAGAAGACGUUCUUUAGGAGGGAGUGGGGGUUGGAUAAUAGUGGGUUUUAUGAGGCGGCGGUGAUGGAGGUUGAUUUGGAUAGGAUGGAGAAGGCGCAGGCGACGCUGAGUCCGGUGCAUAGGUGGAGGGAGGCGAAUCCGGAGAAGGUGGGGACGGAGGAAGAUAUUGUGAGGAUCAUGAGGAGGGGGGUGGAGAGGCUGUUGCAUGAGGCGGGUGUGGAGAAGGGGAAGGAGGUGGUUAAGGGGAGCUUGAGUGGAGUUUUGAUUAUGGCGAAGAAGAAGGCUUGAGCCAUUGCUUAGGGAGGACUGGGAGCCUUUUCAUACUUAGUAUUCUUUUUGUGUUGUUAAAAUAAAAGAGUGUGUGUUGAAGUUGAAUUCAAGAAAACUAGCACAAAAGGUGAUUUGAUGUGAGUCUCACCUCUUGAACUAGGUUAGAAGGGCCUUCUCAGGGUGCAAAAUCUCUCGCAGUAGAACUAUAGCGGAGCACGUCUUGAUAAAUUAACUGAGCGUCUAUGUC